GGCUAGUUGACUUUGGACCGCCUGAAUAAAAAAAAGUGUAUUUCCUGAAGUCUCCUUUGUUAAAUUCACCCGGAAACCAGAAGAAUCUCAGAAGAAUGGCUGGAAACGUGAGGAGGUUUUAUGAGCUGACAGCCAAGCUGCUGUGUGGAGAACCCUUCAGUUUCGCUGCACUGAAGGGGAAAGUUGUUCUCGUGGAAAAUGUGGCGUCUCUCUGAGGAACAACAACCAGGGACUUCACUCAGAUGAACGAGCUGCACUCUCGGUAUUCCUCCAUGGGUCUCGUUGUUCUGGGUGUUCCCUGCAAUCAGUUUGGACAUCAGGAGAACUGCAAGAAUGAAGAAAUCCUGAAUUGUCUGAAGUACAUCCGUCCUGGAAAUGGCUUUGAACCAAAGUUCCAGCUCCUCGAGAAGGUGGAUGUGAAUGGAAAGGAUGCGCACCCCUUGUUUGUCUACCUGAAGAACAGCCUGCCAUUUCCUAGUGAUGAUUCAAUGGCUCUCAUGAGUGACCCAAAGUUCAUCAUCUGGAGUCCAGUGUGUAGGAACGAUGUUUCCUGGAACUUUGAGAAGUUCCUGGUCGGCCCAGAUGGAGAGCCCUACAAGCGCUACAGCAGAAAUUUCCCUACCAUCGAUAUCGAGGCCGAUAUUAAAGAGCUGCUCCAGAGGGUCAAGUAGAUAAACCCUAUUAAAAAUGUGAUAUGAGUGUUUCCAGUGCACUGUGGUUGUUAAGCCUGUUUACUUAAUGAAGACACUCCUUUAAGCCUUUUUGUGAGGGGAGUUUCUGAUGUAGAUGUAAAAGCCUGACUCACCCACUGUGUAUAACUCAUAUCAUCAUUUUCCAUAUUGCUUGACAAAAUAAACAUUUCCUGUCAUAUAAA